CACUUGGUUCAAGUAGCAUGGAUUUUCACACAACCAGGUUGCAUCUUGAAUGAGACAGGUGCAGUUGAUACCAACGUUGAGAUCGGUAUUGGGUUCGAUCCACACACCACUUCUGUAAACAGCAGAGCAUUCACUACGGUCUUCUGUAACCUAAACAAUGACAACAACCUGACCAAUGGACCGCUGCAAGUUUGGAGCCAGAUCAUGAAUGACAAACUAGUGUUCUUGGGCCUGCUGUACUUUGUCCAGGGUAUCCCCUAUGGUCUCCAAUCCUCCCUGCUUCCUGUCUACCUGCGUGGAGCUGGCCAUUCCCUGACACGCAUUGGCUUCACCAAGAUUCUCUAUUUCCCAUGGGUCCUCAAGGUGCUUUGGGCUCCUUUGGUUGACAGGAUUGGCACAAAGCGUCGCUGGCUGGUGGGGACAGUAUCUGGACUGGCGGUGACAUGUCUCUUCAGUUCUGCUCUGGGCCCAGAGAUGCACAUUUGGGGAGUAGCAGGAACUCUGCUCGCCAUGAACACCCUGGCCUCUGUUCAAGAUAUCGCAGUAGAUGGAGCAGCAGUGGGACUGUUGAAAGGCCGAGGGGAGCUUGGAUUGGGUAACACAGCCCAAGUUGUGGGCUAUAAAGCUGGAUCGGUGUUUGCUGGAGGCGGGCUGCUGGCCGUGAUUGACGUGGCCGGAUGGAGAUGGAUGUUUUUGCUGUUAACUUUUGUGUACGCAGGUGUGGCUCUUUUUGUGUGGGGAGCUCCUGUGUUGGAUGAGGAAACUGUGAGGUGCCAGCAGAUGGAUGUCGGCAAAAGGGGAGGACAAGGAGUUGAUGGUUUGAGGCCAUGGAGUGUGUGGAGGAAGAUGCUGGCAGUCCCAGGCACCCCUUGGACAGUCCUCUAUGUGCUCACAUACAAACUGGGGGAGCAGGGUGCAGUCACUAUGUUUCCCUUGUUUCUGUUGGAUCACCACAUGACUGCCAGGGAACUUGGCUUCUGGAACGGCGUCAUCGCCAUGGGCUUUUCCAUCUGUGGGUCGUCACUGGGAGGCUUGCUGCUGGCUCAGUUCAGCAUUGGCGCUCUGAUGCGGCGUGUUUUUGUCUUGAGGACUAUCAGUAUGGUCUGCCAGAGCUCUUUACUCACUGUGCUGGAACCAUCGCCACUCAUGAAAGGUAUGGCCAUCAUGAGCAUGAGCGUUCAGCACUUUCUGGGUGGUCUGAUAACCACGCUCACCUUCACUACCAUGAUGCAUUGCACUCAAAGGGCUGAGGAGAGCAUACAGGCAACCCACUACAGUUUCCUGGCCACUCUGGAGGUGCUGGGCAAGCUGACGUUCAGUGCUCUGGCCGGGGGUGUGGUGGAUUGGUUUGGUUUUCAAGUGGCCUUCCUCUUCUUCCUCACCCUCUCUGCUGGAACGGCCCUGCACGUAUGGACGGCAACUUUCACUGGUGCUCUCAGGGAACACCAACUCAAAGAGCAGCCCAAAUGAAUGUCAAGAUCUAGGUUCUGACUGUAUGAUGUAAUGUAUCUCCUGCAAUUUUGCGGUUUCACUUUAUCGUAGUCUAAAUAUAUUAAUAAUUCAUGCUUUUUCUUGGUUGAAUACAACCUACUAUUUCAAAAAGUAUUCACAUUUAACCACAUUUAAGCAUUUUCUAGCAUACAAAUGGAUGAAUUAACUAAAGUACAAAUAUAAGGCAGUAAGAGGACACAUACAGAUUGUGAUAUACAGUAUUGUACACUGGUCACUUGGUGUUAGUUGGUGAAACGUACGCCGGACAAAUGGGCUUUUAUUGCAUAAUGACAAUAACAUGAUACAUAACAUGGGUUACUGUUGCGGCAGUAUUACAGCUAAAACCCAACUCUGAACACACAAUGUCACUUCUUGUCCACACUUCCGGAACACAUUUAUUGUAACACACACGGGCACUAGUAUUAUUUAUGUCUUAAAAGGCUUAUUAUGUCUACUAUAGUUCUAUAGUGGGAAAUAGAAAUGUAAAGGUGACUAUAGGGGCGUUAUUUAUUGUCUAGAAGGCUUCAAUAAUGUAAAAAAUAUAUAGUAUCUAGAAGGUCAGAAACAGGUUUCUAUGUGCCAACUCCGAAAAUAUGUAAAGUAAAUAAGGAAUCGUACUCCACAGAAUUAACUUUAACUUAUCACGCUGGGGUCUGGGAUGAAUUCAUGAUAAAUGAGGGGUUAUCGUAUAUAUCAAUGCUUGUCAAUUAUUUUCUGUCAUGCUCCCCCCAUUUGAAAUACUGGAGAAAGCGAUAAUAUUUAUUCAUUCAUUUGUGCUGUACAUACUGAACUUGAAACUGAACCCAGGGAAAUGCAACAAAACGAGCAUACAAGUGUAUUCAAGAUUUAAAUUGCAUGUUGAGUACUAUGAAUUUGUACAUAUUGGUAUGUCUGCAAUAAAAUAAAAGCCUUUCGUAUAAAUAAGAUAAUGGAGUGCAAGGACAAGUGCAAGGAGAAGCCAUAAAAAAGUCUUCAUACCGACUGGAGUUGUCUGAAAGCUUUGGUCAGAAUGCAUACAUCUGUUUUUCAAAAUACGUGUCUGUGGACAUGGUCAUGCUGAAAAAGCCUUGAAAUAACAUGAUACAAAUAUGAAAUAGAACAUUGAACAUUUUUCAUGUAGAAACAGAAGGUACAAAUUGUGAAAAUUAGAUUCCUAUUUUUUAAAUAUGCAUUACACAUUUUAUUUUCUUAACACUGAAAGUCUUAAAUUUCACUGUAUUGUGAUAAAACCAGGAGCCGACAUCUGUGAUAAGUGUGACGAUUUGUGUGUUGAGCGAUGGUGUGUAGUCUUACUGUACUCACUAUGGGGACAGCUGUGAUCUAGCAAAUUAAAGCUGUUUUAUUAUGUUUGGCAUUUUAAUAUGAACAAUCUAGCACUUAGAGUUUUAGCCAAAAGCAAUAUCACAAAACCCUCCUUUUGAUGCUUAAUGUGCUGUACCAAUAUACUAAAUGUAUAAUUUUGAUGGGUUAUUGUAAUUGAGACAUAGGUUUGCUACCUCCUAUCAAAAAUGGUUGGUAUGACACAGAAAAUGUGAACUUUGCAGCUGUACUGUACAUGUAGUCUCAAGUAACUGGCACACAAUGUUAACAAAGCAGCAACUGGUAACCAGAGAGGGUUAGUAGAGUGUCCAUAUGUUAAAAGUCAGCAUUGUUUUUGGAGGAGGAGGUUGUCUUGACAAACAAACUGGUAGGUUAGCAGUAAGUGUUGUAUGCACACCUACAGCUGCAUCACAGCUCAACUUUACACUCUGCAUGGUGUCAUCAUGUAGACAUCACAAUAAUCUCUGCAAUAAGCCUGUUCUGUGAAACUUGAAAGACCAAUGUCAUAUUCCAGUUUGUCAGUUUAGGUUAAGUAAAAAAGUGCACUGUAAUAUGCAAAAUGUACUGUCAUAUAUUGUAACUCUCCAUGGUACUGUUUUCAAUGUCAAUUUUGCCAAGCCUAUGUGGAAUGUUUUCUUCACGAGGCUGUGAUUCUAAAUCUCAUGCAAAUGAAUGUACUGUAUUAUAGGAAAGAUAGUCUUAGCUCUAAAGCCAGCAUUCAUUCUAACAGUCACCUGCUUUUAGAAUACUAAGUGAAUAGGUGUCUACAAAGGAGUAUUAAGGCUACACUGAAAGGAAAUAUGAAAUCACAUUAUGCAAUUACAACAGUAAAGUUGACAUAUACUGCAAAAAUGUUUUACCACAUCAUAAUACAAGCAUAAACAUACACACUUAAUGAUGCAAUCAGUAUGAACAACUACACAACAAUUACAUUAUUUUGUGGUUUUACCUCGUGGAUAAAGCAGGGGCAGCACACUGUUGCCUGUGGUUAGCAUGGCUGCCCCACAGCCAAGUGGUUUUAGGUUAAAUUCCGACUUGGUUGUCUCUUUGUGGAGUUGCAUGUUCGUGUGCUUAAAUGGAUUUUCUACAGGUGCUUCAGUUCCCUCCCACCGUCCUCAAAACAUGCAUGUUAAGUCAAUUGGAGACUCUAGAAGGUGUGACUGUUUGUCUAUAUGUGUCCUGUGAUUGACCAAUGACCAGUGAACUCAGCUGGGAUAGGCUCCAGCUGACCUGUGACCUGGGACAGGAUAAAUGGUUUAAAAAGAAAUUGAUGGAUCAUAUACGGUAUGGGGUGUCCAAAGUGCGGUGCUCUACUUGUUUUAUUGCCCCUCAGCACAAUGUAGAAAUAAAAUUAAACACAAGCAAAAUACAACAACCAAAAAUGUAGAAUGUGAAAAGAAAAGGCUGAAAUAUGUAAGCAAUAUACUCACCUGCUAUACGUAGUACAUUCAUUCAUUCAUUAGUUUUCUACCGCUUACACUCGCUGGGGUGCUGGAGCCUAUCCCAGCUGUCUUUGGGCGAGAGGCGGGGCACACCCUGCCUGGUCGCCAGCCAAUCACAGGGCACAUAUAGACAAACAACCAUUCACACUCACAUUCAUACCUAUGGACAAUUUGGAGUCGCCAAUUAACCUAGCAUGUUUUUGGAAUGUGGGAGGAAACCGGAGUAAACGGAGAAAACCCACACACGCACAGGGAGAACAUGUAAACUCCACACAGAGAUGGCCGAGGGUAGAAUUGAACUCCGGUCUCCUAUCUGUGAGGCCUGCGUGCUAACCACUUGUCCGAUGCUGCUGCUAUAGUACAUUUCAUGUCAUAAUAUUAUGACUUAAUUUGAAAAACUUUUCCAUUGUUGUGCUUGGGCCUUUUUUCCCUCUUUGGCCAUAAUACUCCUUUACAGACAUCAAUCACCCCGGUAAUUAAUGCCUUUCGGUUGGUCAUCCUCUGACUUCUUUCAAAGCACAUGUCUUAUCUCAACUACUGUGAGAUUUGAACACAAUAAAAGUUUGAACUGCUGGGUAAAUU